AACUAAUUGAUGGAUGGUGCAUUGAUUUGGAUCAUCGUGAUGGAUGCAAAGAAAGGUGGCCGGUUCAGAGUCAUCUUCUUCACAAAACCAGACGGAAGAUAAACCAACGGCUCUUCCAACCUCCGUUUCAUUCCCCGCCAAACUCUCUCUCUCUCUCUCUCUAAAAAUUGGGAUCGUUAACCAAUUUGAGUUGAAAAUGUCGAAUUGUAUUUGUUGCAGACCGAUGAUUUCGAUAAAAUCGAUAGACGACAACAACAACAACAACAACAACAACAACAGCUUCGUAUUGCCAAGAAGACUCUCAAUUGGUGGCCAAUCUAUACGCGACGGUCGUGUCUUGAAUUCUAGGGUUUGUGGUGUUCGAAUUCGAGCUUCAAUGGUGGACUCUUACGAGAGCUCCUCAAACUUCGUUAAGCGUAUGGAAAAAGCUUGGAUAAUCUCUCAGGUGCCUCCAUGUUCUCCAUCAUUUGCCCUACCAAAUUCCAAGCAUUCUUUCAAGGUUAGGAGCGUUGAUGGUAGCAACAAUAAUUUUGGGGGCACCUAUGCCAAGCAACCAAGGCCCAUUGCUUGCUCUUCUUGUGACUCAAAUGGGCAUGUUGAAUGCAAAUGGUGUGGUGGUACAGGUUUCUUUAUUCUUGGUGACAACAUGCUUUGCCAAGUACCAUCCAGAAACAGCAGUUGUGUUAUUUGUGCUGGGAAGGGAUCAACAUGCUGUGCUGAUUGUAAGGGAACGGGCUUUCGUGCAAAGUGGUUGGGAGAGCCUCCUAUUUCUAAGUAGUAGUGCUAAUGCUUGGUUUUUGAGACCAUUAAAAGUCUUCUUUAACCAUUCUGAAUUUCUUUAUUUCAUUAAUGGAGUCCAGUUUCGUGGUCAAGUCUAUAAAUUCCACACUACCAAUUGCACCAUGUAUUCAUGAAUGCAUGACCUAAUGUUGUACUAUUUUCACAUCUGUAAAGUAAAAUGAAAUUUCAGUGACAAGCAUACAACUUACUGGAUUUUGUUGAAGCCAAAGGUAUUGAAACCUUAAAAACUAUGAUACUGAGCAAUGCUGUGCCAAAUAAUGUGCACUAGACAACAAUUGAAAGGCUAUGGUACUUUGUGAUUGGAAAGGAGAAUUUUUUUUUUGUUUGUCA